AUGGACCUUGGAAACACAGGCAGGAAUGAGACUGCAGCCACAGCUGUAUGCACUAAUGGAAGCCAGCAGCCUCAGGUGUCCGGCAGGCCAAAAAGAAGAACAUCCAAUCAAAGUUAUGCAUCAUUAUUAUCGGAAGACAGGAAUGAGGAACAACCUGAGAGGCAAAGGAACAAUAUUAAUAUAGUGAGAAAGGCAGUGGACAAACCUUCAGCAAUGGCCGCAGCACCACUGCCCUCCAAAGAGUACCUUGCAGAGGGAUCAGAGCACAUCUAUCGCACCCACACCUGCCCCAAAUGUCGGCGCUGCUUCAAAAUGCGCUCCCACCUGCAGGAGCACCUCCAUUUACAUUUUCCUGACCCCAGUCUCCAGUGUCCCACCUGCAAGCGUUACUUCACCAGCAAGAGCAAGCUACGCAUACACAGACUGCGCGAGGCCGGUGAAAAGGUUCACCGUUGCCACUUGUGUGAGUACACUGCCGUGGAGCGGAACGCAAUCCGCCGCCACCUCGUCAGCGUGCAUGCCGAAGAGGCAAAAGACGACGUAAAUAGUCACAGCUAUCCUUGCCCCACCUGUGGUCAAAGCUUUCGCCAGAGCAGGUCGCUUAAGGCUCACAUGAAGACGCACAACAUCCUGUCAGACAGUAAGCCACUGGCCUGCUUUCUAGAAGGUUGUUCUUUCCAGAGUUCUUUGCGCAAAGAACUUCUUAGACACACUGCCGAGGUGCAUGGGGUCAAGGCCUUAGAGUGUCGUCAUCACGCCUGUGGCGCCAUCUUUCAAAGCGAGGCGGACAUGGAGGCUCAUUAUCGGACCCACCUCGCCUACCACUGCUCACAGUGUGAUUUCUCCUGCUCCAAUAAGACCGUCUUCCUCCAGCACCAGCGGCAUGGUCACCCAGGAACUGAUGAGCUUUGCUGCGACUUUUGCUCCUUCGUCACAUUUAACCCUGUGGAGUUUGAGCAGCACAUUGGACAUUUGCACGCCAACGAGAAGAUCCAUCGCUGCUCUCAGUGCAGCUACGUGACCUCGCAUAAGCGUGGCUUGAAGCGACACAUGCUGAUGCACAGUGGUGAGAAGCCCCACAAGUGUAGCCUGUGUGACUUCAGGUGCCGAGAUGAGUCCUACCUCUCUAAACAUAUGCUCACUCACUCAGACGACAAGAACUUUAUGUGCGCCGAAUGUGGAUACGUGACUAAAUGGAAACAUUAUCUUAAUGUCCACAUGAGGAAACAUGCUGGAGACCUCAGGUAUCAGUGUGAUCAGUGCACCUACCGCUGUCACCGCAUGGACCAGCUAAAUAGCCACAAAUUACGACAUCAGGCCAAAUCGCUCAUGUGUGAGAUCUGUGCUUAUGCCUGCAAGCGCAAAUAUGAGCUUCGCAAUCACAUGUUGGCCAAACAUUCUGGGGAGGACAAACAACCGUCUGUCUAUAAGUGCAAAUACUGCACAUAUACUACCUGCUACAGACAAGCCCUUAAAAACCACGAGAACUGCAAACAUACGAAGCUGAAAGAGUUUCGCUGUGCACUCUGCUCCUAUUCCUCCUUCAGCAGCAUCAGCCUCUUCCUGCACAAGAGGAAAGCUCAUGGUUACGUACCAGGGGACAAAGCAUGGCUGGAGAACUAUGCUGCGAAGGAGAAGGAGAGGAACUCAAAUGAGUUCUUGCAGGACUUUUACAAUAAGCCCUCAGCAGCUCAUGAGCAGUUUGAACAGUCCACUUCUGAAGGACCUGCACCAGCUCAAAGAGAACAGUCUGGUUUUCCUGGCCCAGCAGAUCACACUGCGAGCAAAGAAGCUGUCGCUGGUUCACAAACUGUUGAUUCUGUGGAUGUUUUUGAUGUUGUUUCUCAAGAGAUUGUUAAUGAAGGUACUCAGGAUAGUCCUCCCUCUGGGAACAGUCCUGAGGAGUACUGUACUCUUGUUUUAACAACACUAUCCACUACUGAGUAUCAGGAACAAAAUUGUGCAAAUCAAACUCCAAGCUCACCUAAUUUAAACUUAAAUGGGUCUGACAUAUCUCAAGAGAAGCUAGACUUCUCAUCAGAGGAAGACAACGUAGCUGUGGCUGAUGAAGACUGUGAACAGAGUGACUUAGAUGACAGCUACGAGCCUCUGACUAAUACAAGUCAACCAGUUGAGCCUGCAGAGUGUCAGACUCAAAUAUCUGAGAGGGAAAAUGAUGGUGAAAAAAUCAAUCCCACUUUUCCAUCUGAGCAAAAUCAGCCAUUAGAAUCUGAGCUCCGUCUGAAAGCUAUGAAGAAGCACGACAAGGACCAAGCAGAAGCCAUGGUUUUAGAAGGACGGGUGCAGAUGCUUGUGGUGCCAACUGAAGACCUUUAUCGCUGUGACAAAUGCUCUUACGUAACCAGUAAGGAGACUGCUUUGAAGUACCACUGCCAGGCUUUGUGCCAUGGUAGGAUAAAGGGACACAAGUGCCAGGCCUGUGGUGCACAGUUCAAACAGAAGCGAGGCCUCGAUAGCCACCUCACAAAGAAGUGCCCAGCACUUCCACGACAAAAGAGGAUAUUUGUAGGCAUUUCAAAUACAUGUUUGAUCACAGAGGACAGUUCUACUGUAGGUCAAGAAGGAUCCAGACAACAUGAUGAGGAAACAAAUUCAGAUCAAACCAACCUUCAGUCUUCACAAAAUAGGAUUUGCACAGAUACGAAUGAUCAGGAAUUUCAACAGCAAGAAGCAGAAGUAUAUGCUUCACAUUCAACAAACUGUAAAGACCUUGCCCUUUGUGCUUUUACAUCCAGCCAAUCAGAAAACCAGAUGAACAAAAUUCAGACAAAAAAGCUUUUAAAAGUUAAACUAGGUAAAAAACGAUUAUUUUCCAAUACUAAACAAAGAAAUGUUCCACUGGAGUCCCUUUACACAAAAGAAGAUGGGAAAUUCAAAUGCAAGCUGUGCAGUUUUUCAUCAGUCAAGCUUGCAUCAGUUGAACGGCAUCUCUCAACCUGCAGGAAAAGAGAGAAUCAGAUCAUUUCAGAAGGGGAUGAUGAGUGUGGUGACGAGUCAGUCAAAGCACAAGAGGACUUGGUGGAAGAGGACAAUGGAAAAGAAAAAGGAAAGAAGAAAGUUUCUGACAAACAUCAGACCUUCUCUUGUCCAAGCUGUGCAUUUCAGUGCAGUCAGAAAAGGGCAUUGGACCGUCAUGAAAAGAGAGGCUGCUUGAAGCCACAUGAAGUCAAAUGCACCAUGUGUCCAUUCGUAGCUACAUCUAAAAUGUCUUUGACCCGUCACAUCCUGUAUGUCCAUAACAAAAAAAAGCUUGGUGUUGCUAAAUCAAAAGGUUUGCGUUGCCAGCACUGUACUUUCACCUGUAAACAAGAACGAUGCAUGGCCAAACAUGUUGCGCUCAAGCACAAAGGUACACGACCUCACCAUUGUCAGUAUUGUCCUUUUAGCACGACGAGGCGCUAUCGCUUGGAAGCGCACGAGUCUCUUCACACAGGAAUUGGUCGUCACAGCUGCGACAUGUGCGAAAAGACCUUUGGGGCACUGACCAAAUUGCGUCAGCACAAGGUUCGCAUCCACGACAAACAACCUACACAGUUCUGCUCAGUCUGUGACUUCAGUGGCUACACGCUAGACGAUAUAAGACGCCACAAUCUCAGAUGCCACACGGGGGAGUUACACCAUGCUUGCACUCAUUGUGAUGCUCACUUUAGUUCAGAAGUUGCACUAAGAAACCACUGUAAACGUGUGCACAAGCUCCAGGUGGGUUUCUCAUGUAAGCAGUGUGACUACACAUGUAGCAGCGAGGUCACACUGAAGAACCACCAAGAGAGCAAGCACCCUCAGGUAAAGUGCACCACCUGCCAGGAGUCUUUCAAGACAAAGGAAAGCCUUGCGAUUCAUCAGAGAAUCCACCUGGCGCAUCAGUGUCAGCUGUGCCCCUUUGCGACCAAAACAAGGCAGCUAUUAGCUCAACACCUUCUGAAUGAACACGAGGAGGGAUCUCCAGAGGACAAGCCUCUCAGGUGCAGCACCUGUCAGUUUGCCUGUCGGCAUCAGCUGGUGUUGGAGCAGCACCUCCGUUCACACGGAGGCAAGCGGCUGUACAAAUGCACGGACUGUGAGUAUUCAACCCGGAACAAGCAGAAGAUCACGUGGCACAUUCGCAUCCACACGGGGGAGAAGCCUUACAGCUGUGAGCAGUGCAGUUACACCUGUACUGAUCCGUCUAGGUUGAAGCUUCACAUGAGGGUUCACCAAGAAGAGAAGAAGUACCUUUGUCCACAGUGUGGCUACAAAUGCAAGUGGGCGACUCAGCUGAAGUACCACAUGACCAAGCACACAGGAGACAAGCCAUAUGCCUGUGAUGAGUGUGACUACCGUACUAACAGGGCGGAUGCUCUCCGUGCCCAUCGGGACACGCAGCACUGUGACGUGCGUCCUUAUGUCUGCGAGAAAUGCGGCAAAGCCUUCAAGACUAGUUUCAUACUGAAGACCCACCAGCAUCAACACAGUGACGAUCGGCCAUAUACGUGCGGCUUGUGUCACAAGGCCUUCCGGUGGCCGGCAGGUCUCAGGCAUCACUACCUUUCGCACACCAAGCAGCAGCCUUUCUGCUGUCGCCACUGCUCCUACAGAGCCAAACAGAAGUUCCAGGUGGUCAAGCAUUUGCAGAGGCACCAUCCAGAGAUGUCAGUGGAGCAGGGGGUGGCGAGGCACUCGGAGGCAGUUAGCCUGACCCUGAAGGAGGCCUUGCAGGGGACACUGGAUGAGAGAGCGGCAGAAGUGGAGGAGGAAGGGAUGGACGACGAGGAAGUAGCUGAAGAGGUGAUUCAAGGAGAGGAAGACAGCGAGACAAAACACUGAAGAGAGGGCACAAAAGAUGCAGUGGUCGAUUCAGAUUGUAGGUGACAAUCAUUGCCUAAAGGAAGUUAACAUGUCUGUUAAUAUGUAUUCAACCCAGAUUCUGAAAAUGUGUAAAACAAAUAAAACAGAGUGUGAUCAUUUGCUGAUUCUUUUUGACAUAAACUGAACUGAAAACAGGAGCAAUUCAAUAUAUUUAAUG